AAUCUGAAAUCCAGCCUGAGAGAGAAGUUUAAAAGAAUUAAUGAAGGAAUCUCACAGCAUGGAAGUUCAGCACUUCUGAAUGAGAUCUACACAGAGCUCUACAUCACAGAGGGUUGGAGUGGAGACGUCAAUAAUGAACAUGAGGUGAGACAGAUUGAGACAGCGUCCAGGAGACCAGCAACACAGGAGACACCCAUCAAAUGUAAUGAUCUCUUUAAAGACGAGUUCAUCAGAAGAGUGCUGACUAAAGGAGUUGCUGGAAUUGGAAAAACAGUCUCUGUGCAGAAGUUCAUUCUGGACUGGACUGAAGGAAAAGCAAAUCAGGAUGUCACCUUCAUGUUUCCACUUCCCUUUAGAGAGCUGAAUCUGAUGAAGCAGAGACAUCUCAGUCUGAUGGAUCUUCUUCAUCACUUUUUCCCUGAAAUAAGAAAACUAGAAGUAAUAGACUGUGACUCCUACAAAGUGGUGUUGAUCUUUGAUGGUCUGGAUGAGUGUCGACUUCCUCUAAAUUUCCAGAAGAAUGAGAGACUGUGUGAUGUGACAGAGUCAGCCUCAGUGGAUGUGCUGCUGACGAACCUCAUCAAGGGGAAUCUGCUUCCCUCUGCUCUCCUCUGGAUCACCUCUCGACCAGGAGCAGCCAAUCAGAUCCCUCCUGAGUGUGUAGACCAGGUAACAGAGGUACGAGGGUUCAGUGAUCCUCAGAAAGAGGAGUACUUCAGGAAGAGGAUCAGUGAUCGGAGCCUGGCCAAUAAAAUCAUCAGACACGUGAAGUCUUCAAGAAGCCUCUACAUCAUGUGCCACAUCCCAGUCUUCUGCUGGAUCUCAGCCACUGUUCUAGAGAGAAUGUUGGGUGAAGCAGAGAGUGGAGAGAUCCCCAAGACUCUGACUCAAAUGUUCACACACUUCCUGAUCUUUCAGAUCAAACACAAGGACCAAAAGUACCAUCAGAAAUGUGACCCUGAUCCUCAGCAGACCAGAGAGAGUAUCCUGGCACUGGGAAAACUGGCUUUCCAACAGCUGGAGAAAGGAAACCUGAUCUUCUAUGAGGAAGACCUGAGAGAGUGUGGCAUUGAUGUGAGAGAAGUGUCGGUGUACUCAGGAGUGUGUACCCAAAUCUUCAGAGAGGAGUUUGGGCUUCACCUGGGGAAGGUGUUCAGCUUUGUACAUCUGAGUGUUCAGGAGUUUCUGGCUGCUUUAUAUGCAUUUUUCUGCUUUAUUUUUAGAAAGACAAAUGUGUUAGUGGAGCAAAGCACUGGACGUUCUAAUUUCUUCAGAAAGUCAGACAUGUCUGAUCUCCUCAGGACUGCAGUGAACAAGGCCUUACAGAGUGAGAAUGGACACCUGGACCUGUUCCUCCGCUUCCUUCUGGGUCUCUCACUGGAGUCCAAUCAGACUCUCUUACGAGGUUUAAUGCCCCAGACAGGAAGCAGCUCUCACAGCAAACAGGAAACAGUCAAGUACAUCAAGAAGAAGAUCAGGGAGAAUCCAUCUCCAGAGAAAUCCAUCAAUCUGUUCCACUGUCUGAAUGAACUGAAUGAUCAUUCUCUAGUGCAGGAAGUACAGUCUUACCUGAACAGAGGAGGUGACAGUCGUCUCAGUGGAACCAGACUCUCUCCUGCUCAGUGGUCAGCUCUGGUGUUUGUGUUACUGAACUCAGAUCAGGAGCUGGAUGUGUUUAAUUUGAGUAAAUAUGACCCAUCAGAGGAAUGUCUUCUGAAGCUGCUGCCAGUGGUCAAAGCCUCCAGAAGAGCUGAGCUGUGGAGGUGUGAUCUGACAGAGGAAAGCUGUAGAGUUCUGUCCUCAGUUCUCAGAUCAAACUCCUCCAGACUGAGAGAACUGAACCUGAGUCACAAUAACCUGCAGGAUUCAGGAGUGAAGCUGCUCUCUGCUGGACUGGAGAAUCCACACUGUACAGUGGAGAUACUGAGGAUGUGUUACUGCAGGAUUACAGAUGAAGGUUGUGCUGCUCUGGCUUCUGCUCUGAGGUCAAACUCCUCAUCACACCUGAGAGAACUGGAUCUGAACGGUAAUAAUCCAGGAGAAUCAGCAGUGAAGCUGCUCUCUGAUCUACUGAAGGAUCCACACUGUAACCUGGAGACACUACACAUUAACUAUAAUACACUCACCAGGACUGGCGUAUGACAGGAGUCUCACCUCAAACCUCUUCUCCAGGAUAAAGCAGUCUUGGUGAAGAGUUAGAACCCGUCCCACAUUUCCAGCAGUUUGGGAGCUGAAUCAUUAAACUUAAAGGGGCAGAGCAGAAACAAAGUCAAGAACAGGCAGAAGGUCGUACACAGGAGAAAUCAACACACGUAACCAAAUAUCUGCUGUACAAAGCAACAGCACCGAUCUGCCCCGGGGAUGGAGACUGACGAGGCUUAAGUACACGUCCGGAAAUGUACAGCCAACUUAUCCCAAAGCACGAGGCGGGAGCAGGCGAGUACGAGAUGUGAUCGUCCAAUGGCAAGCCGGAACAUGACGCAUUGCAGUGGACUGGGCUUAAAAGAGGAGGAGACAAGACACCCAUCCCUCCCCCGACAUAGACACACGAAUGGAACAUAGUACAAACAGAAAUACAACUGAGGACGUAACAAUGGCCAAGUAUCAAAUAAAAUGUAAACUUGCAUUGAUGAAGGUAAUGUUGUUAGUAAUUGUUUAUAAAUUACCAUGGUAACACGGAGCUUCAAGGUAUAAAAAUAUGGAGUUUGUCAUCAAUCAAACAGUAACCAGUUUUAAUACCUAAAAAAGUUUACGUAGCAAAAUUUAGCAAAGCGCUUUACAGUAAAUUAAAAUGUAAGAUUAAACUAAUGAAAUGUUGUGCAGCACAUGCUUAUGUUAAUGUUUGUUACAUUAUAUAAUCAUAUAAAUAAAUAAGUACUCCCGAAGUCACCAGAAUUGAAAGCUUUGGUGCUGUUAAACAUUUAGAGAUUGAUGUUGUGGUGACUCAGUAGUUCACUCAGUAUAUCUGGGUAAGACACAGUGAACGACACACUGCUGGCAUUCAUGAAGAAGUCAUAAACUCCACUGGAAUAAUAAAUAGGAUCUAAUAAAACCAUGAGUGGAAAUCAUUGGUGUAAGUUUGUUAGGAUAGACUUCCUCCAACCUGGAACUAUAUCCUCCAGUCCACGCGGUGGCGGUAACGCGCCUAACAGCUGCGUCUCCGACCAGUAGAAAUCACAGAAGAAGAAAAAGCUGCAGCGGGUAUCUCCUGAGCAGUUGAGUUAUUACACCGAACUAAUCAUCUCCAGAUUAAAUUAUUUCUGACAGUUUUACAGUUAGAUUUGAUCCAGUUUAAACGUAAAAGCUUGUUAUUUUGUCUGUGUUUGAGGAAUUAAAACUCCGUUCUGUUUUAAAACCCGAGGUGUUAAACGGAAGCUGUGUGGCCGAAUCCCAAAUCGAUGUCAUUUCCGGUUUAAGUGCACUACAUUAGGGAUGAAAUAAUGACGGUCUACACCCUAUGUAGUGCACUAUUUAACUCAUGAGGAGAGAUUUGUUAUUCUGUUUUAGCGGCACUAUUUAAGUAUAACCUUACUUUAUCCUAAAAUCCGUUGUUUUCUCCCUGCUUAUAGCAACUAAAAUAAACAACAGUGAGUGUAAAAGUGGCUUAGUCAUUUAGCAGCUAAAAUAACUUUAUAUUUCUGUAAUGUUUUUAAUGUAUAAACUGCUCAACUGAGGUAAAGUUGGGUUUAUAUUGGACAUUCACUGCAAAUUCGAGCUUCUCUCUCCUAUUUCUCAAGAAAUAGACAGAAAGUAAACUGAAGAAAGUCAGUGUCAUUGCUCCUCUUCCACCUACCUGCUCAAGUGACGAGAGGUUAGGCUAUGUCACGUUGUCAUAAAGUGGUGUCGGUACGGUUGUAUCGGGGUAGUUUUACAAGCACGAGUACAUGAACACAGUAUCGGGCCGACACCUGAGUACUGGUAUCGGCAUCGGUGCAUCCCUAACACACAGUUAAAUUGGAGCAGUGAUCCAUAAGAUCUUUGAUGACGUCAUGUACAGAUUCUUACUGAGGUGCUGUUUUCCACAUGCAGUGCUUGGCUGUGUUGGAGGCCACCAAGAAAGACUUCCUGGCUGUCAUGUGGAAGCUAAGUGGGCUGGGGUCAAAAGGGUUUCUGGCCAUGGUGCUUGUGCUGCAGUGAUCUUGUUCUCCAUCACACUCCAACACAGGUAGCCAUCUUCACCCUCUCCCAAGAGGUGAUGGUACGACUCUGAAUAAACACUCUAUUAUUAUAAAUAAAGUGUGACUGUGUCUUGUAGUCCACCCACCAACCUUUUUCUGUUCAGUGGUUUGACUUGUGCUACACAGAGGUGAGUCCAGUUAUGCUGCAAGAAGUGUAAGUAUGAUGGGGUUGACGAGUGGGAGGAGAGGUUCUUCCUGUGCAAGGUGCUGCUCUCUCUUCUUUCAGCAUAGCUCCUGGUCUCAGAACAGGUUUAGUUCAUCGUUGCUGGUGUUGUGUAGAGGAUGUUAUAUUGUGAAAGUCACAACUAUCCCCGCUCAAGGUCUUGUGAAAUAUUUGACCUUAUUUGUGACUAUAUUCACCGUGAUGCUUUCAGCGGUUACUACAUUAGUGUCCUUAAUUUUUUACUAUUUAAAGAUUGUUUAAAAGUUUAUUACAGGCUCAAUGAAUAUUCUUCUCCUUCACUAGAAGAUAAAGGCCCGGUUUCACAGACAGGGUUUACAUUAAGCCAGGAUUAGAUCUUCAAUAAAUUAGGACAUUUCAGUAGCUUUUAUAAACGUGUCUUUAGAAAAAAAUAUUUCUGGUGCACAUCCUGAGAUAAAACAAUGGCACUGACGUGUUUUAAGAUCCGUCCGUGCAAGUAGCUUUCAGUUAAAACAGCUCAAACAUACAUUUUAGUCUGGGACUAGGCUUAGGCCUUGUCUGUGAAACCAGGGGGAAAAAGAAGGGUGUGCUUUAUUAUGCUCUCUGCAGAAUAUGACAGAAGAAAUGUGACUCACACCUGUAACUAUAAAAAGCAGGUAGAACUGCAGUUAGCAUGAAACCUCAAAUGUGUAGCUGGGCUGGAAAUUUAUUUUUGUAUGCAUGUAUAAUAUUUUUUCUCUUACAGAUGGACCAGCAAACAGAUUUAAAGGCUGUUGUGAAUGAUGGGUUACAGAAAUGUCUUCCUGUGUUUAUUAUUAUUUGAAGUUAUAUAUUCUGAUUUGUAAGCAAGAUUAUGAAGUCUCCUUUUGCUAAUCAUUUUACAGCAUUAUUAAAAAGUCCAUGUACACAAUGUU